AUGGCUAACCAAGGCACAGCCUUAUGCACCCCCCUGCCAUCUCCCUCCAAACCUCGCUGUCGUCCAGCACCUCUACGACUACAAAGCCUUGGAGUUGAUCCGAGUCUUCUAGUCGGCAAGGUACUAAGGAAACUGAGCCGCUCUCCAAAACAUCCUACUUUAACCCUGGAUUUCUCGGACAACACUACAUUUCAAAUUCUUGUUGAUGGUUAUGACCCUGUUCAUAGAGGUCUUCCAAAGGAACUUGAGAUGGACUCGUCCCUAGAGCAGCUUCUCACAACAGGGCAAGCGCACGUACAGUGGACGAUCAAAGAUUGUGCUCUCAUAACCUUGACAGACAAGGCAUUCGAGUCGAGAGAGAGGGAACAACGGUGGGACCAGAAUCACACCGGAGUCGCAUUUCGCUUCGUUGAAGACCAGAUGUGGCAUUGCGUAUGGGCCACUCUGACGGAUCAUGACCGCGGCAUAUGCGUCUUUCGCAGCUACGACGACGUUUAUAUUGAUCAACUACAUCGUUUUCCUCGAAAACGUCGUGCGAACGUACCCGACUCUCCUAUAGAUCUUCGCUGA